AUGGCUUCCCUGCUGGGCUCCUACCCGUGGUCCGAGAGCCUGGAUUGCUCCGCCCUGGACGGGGAGCUCCCGGAGGGGCUCUCCCCGCCGGCCGCGCACCGCUCCCCGGGGGAGAAGGGCUCGGAGCCCCGCAUCAGGAGACCCAUGAACGCCUUCAUGGUGUGGGCGAAGGACGAGAGGAAGCGGCUGGCGGUGCAGAACCCGGACCUGCACAACGCGGAACUCAGCAAGAUGCUCGGCAAGUCCUGGAAAUCUCUGAGCCCUUCCCAGAAGAGACCUUACGUGGAGGAGGCGGAAAGACUGAGGGUGCAGCACAUGCAAGAUUACCCCAACUACAAAUACCGGCCCAGGAGGAAGAAGCAGGUCAAGCGGAUCUGCAAGCGGGUGGAUCCAGGCUUUCUGCUGGGGAACCUCGCCAGGGAUCAGAACUCGGUGCCGGAGAAGCGGGCCUGCGGCAGGACAGUGGGGGGAAAGGAGGGGCAGGGUGAGUACUCGCCUGGCCCGGUAUUGCAGAGCAUCAGGGGCUACAGGGAGGCCCAGGCCAGCAGCAGCAGCACCAACAUGGACACCUACCCCUACGGGUUGCCCACCCCGCCUGAGAUGUCCCCUUUGGAUGUGAUAGACCCUGAGCAGAGCUUCUUCUCCUCCCCGGGCCCGGAGGACCAUCACCACCCCCAUAUGACUGGGGCCCCUUACUCUCCAGAGUACUCCACCAGCCCCCUCCAGUGUAACCACCAUCCCCUUGGUCCCAUGUCCAUCCCUCAACCCAGCACCUCCAUGAUCCCCCCAAUCCCCAGCUGCCCCCCUCCUCCUCCUCCCACCUACUACACGCCAGCCUUCCACCCCAUCCACUCCCCCAACCUCCAGGCCCAUCUUGGUCAGCUCUCCCCGCCCCCUGAACACCACGGCUUUGACAGCCUGGACCAGCUGAGCCAAGCAGAACUUCUGGGGGAGAUGGACCGCAAUGAGUUUGACCAGUAUCUCAACACUCCCGGCCACUCAGACCACAGCGGGAUGAUAAUCAAUGGACACGUCCAGGUGUCUCAGGUUGCAGGUGGCUCGCCCUCUACAGAGACUAGCCUCAUCUCCGUCCUAGCAGAUGCCACUGCUACCUACUACAACAACUACAGCGUCUCCUAG